AGGAGAGAAAGCUAAGAAGGUGGUUCAAUGGAGGAGAGAAAGCUGAGAAGGUGGUUGAAUGGAGAAGUGAGAGUAGAGUGCAAUGGAGGAGAGAGAAAGGGGGAGGGGUGUGGCGAGUCAGAGUGAGCUUGAGAAGGCUCCAAACAUAGGAGAAAUGUUAUUGACACGCUUGUAUUGUCAACCAUUUACCCGAGACUCAGUCUGACCCGAUCAUGGUCCGGGUUUUGGAAACAAAGUUGGCCCAUUUUGGGAUAAAACUUCGGGUUAGGCAAUAGCUGGAUCAUACCCUGUAAAUAAUGCAAUUAAAAUAACGCAUGAAGUAAUUAACAAAUUACAUAAAUAUUUAUAAUUAUUAAAACAAAUAAUUUAUUCAACAAAAGUAUUAUCAUUUUGCCCCGGGCCACCAAAAUAUUAGAAACGACUAUGCUUUUGUUGUUCAUGUCCUUCUUAAGCUUGAAGAAUUUAAUGGAGUUUUUGUUUUAUUUUUUCACAGUAAUGGCAACUCGGUUUGAUUUUAUGGGUUCUAAAUUACUCAACUCAGAAUUUAAGGGUUGUGUACAACGUAAAUUAUUUCUGUCUCGAAAUUCGAUUAGUACUCGUAGCCAUUUGGGUGUCGGGCUAGGUCGAUUGUCAAGUUUGUACACUCGUAGUGUUGGGUUAAGAAGUUUAGGAUUGGGGAAGGUGAAGGCUAUUGUUUCAGGAGAUGUGAAUGUCACAUUAGGUGAUGAAGUAAAACUGUCGGUAGACAAGGUUAUACAUUUCUUCCGUGUUCCAUUGAUUCAAGAUAGUGCAGCUGAUGAGCUACUGAGGACAAUUCAGAUGAAGAUAUCAAAUGAGAUAGUUGGUUUGAAAACAGAAUAGUGUUUCAACAUUGGGGUAGAUGUUAGA